UAAUUUCUAAUUUAUUCGCUCAUAUUAUAAUUUUUGUGUAUAUCUGUACGUUUUUAUCUAUGUAUUGGAAGCCGCCUAGAGUGGUCGGAAGACCAGAUGGGCGGGGUAUAAAUAAAAUAAAUAAUAAAAUAAAAGCGCGGGGAAUCCAGUCGCUGCUGGGGGAGAUGGGGCCCAAAGCGGGCGGCAUGGAGUCGCUCAGCAGCCCUUCGUCUCCUCCUCCUCCACAGCCAGGACUCCCUUCCUUGUAGUGGAGCCCUCCUUCUCCCGCAGGGCAUCUUGAGCAACUAGCCCCUCUCAGAGGAAGGCGACCGACGACCAGCAUUGCCUCCUCUUCCUCCUCCUCCCGCUCCGCUCCGCCUCGUCCCGCUUCCCUUCCCUUCCCUCCAGCCGGCCUCUGGACGCCGAGGGCCGGAAGUGAAGGCAGGCGGUCGCCACAGCCCCGACCAGCGCGGGAGCGAAAGAGGCGGGCAAGCCGCCGCCGCUGCCGCCGGAGGAAGGAGAGAACGAAAAGGAGGAGGGCGGGGGGAGGUCGGCUGGCUUCUUGCUCUCCAGUAACUUUCUCCGUGGCGGGGACGGCAGGAAAUGGCCGCAACAGCGAUGCUUGUCUGCUCGGAGCACUUCGGGAUGGAGGCGGCCUGAGUGACCCUGCGAUUGGACAGUCAAAGAUUUUCGGAGGAGGGGACUAGAAUUGUUAAUGGACAUCUGCUUUCACAGUAUGGCCCAGAUAUCCAGCAGCAAUGAAUUCAGACAACGUUCAUCAGCAUCUCUGGACACAGGAAGAGCGAAAGAAGUGGACAAAGAAGAGGCACUGCAAAUGGAAGCUGAGGCCCUGGCUAAGAUGCAAAAGGAAAGAGUGGAAUCUUUUAGACAAAGCACUGAUACUUUAAGCAAAUCCUGGCCAAGUGUACAAACCUGCAGAAAACAGGAGCAUGAUCUCAUGGUGUUUCCUGAAUCUGAUGCCAAGAAAAAGAUGGAUGAUAAGUUAAGUAAAGUUGAUGUAGAUAAACUUACUUGUGCGGAGCUGGAGAAGUUACUGCUAGAGGAAAAUUUUGAAUCCAGCAAACCAGCUGCAUUGUCAGCAACUCCUGUGCUGAGCUCAUCAUUCCCUUCACAGUUUUAUGUUACUCCUGCUGUUCAAAGAGGGCCGUGGGCACCCGCAUUACCUGGGCCUUCUGCUUGUACUGUACCUCCUGUUUACUCAAUGCCUUCUUACAAUAAACAACUUGGAAUCUUCCAAAAUGGCUUCCAUCCAGGUAUGUCCACUUACCAAUCUACAAAGCCUAUUUAUCUUAGUCUUCCAGAGAGGUCCCAGUACAUUUCAUAUGCACUACCAAGUACUACAUCUUUCCAUCCACAAGGACGUUUACCUAUAUAUCAUUCAGCGCUUACACCUGAAAUGGCAAAAGUAUUUGAUAAAAUAGCAAGCACUUCAGAAUUUCAAAAAAAUGGGAGAUCAAGCACUGACUUGGAAGUGACUGGUACUAAAGCUACAGUUAAUUUGACAGCCUCUGAAAACUCCAAUGAUAUCAGUAAAUUUGAGUGGUUGGAUUUGGAUCCUUUAAAUAAACCAAAAGGGGAUGGUAUGGAUAUAUUGUAUACCGCAGAAGAUGGUGGAAAGGUGGCUUGUAGUAGAGUUGUAGAAGAUCCUUGGGAUGCUGUGCUGUUGGAGGACAAAACCCCUGGAAAAUGCCAUCUUGAAAGAAAAGUUAGUGGGAAAUCUACUUCUGGGGCAACAAUUACAAGAAGUCAGUCUUUAAACAUUCGAACUGCUCAGCUUACUAAGUUACAGGGCCAGAUAUCACAGAUAGACAAUGGGACCACUAGCGUGCCAACAGGAAAUACAUUUCUGAAAAAUGUUGAAGGACAAAAUCAAGAACAAGCAGCAUUUUGUGAUGCCAUUGCAAAGUUGAGGACCAAGUUUCCCCAUAGCAAUCAUGAAACAAAUUUAGGCUUUGUGUUGAGUCCAGUCAUGCUGCAAAGAAAUAUCAGUGGAGAGAACACAAGCAUCAAGAUCUCAAUAGAAAUAGAAGGUUUUCAACAGCCAGUAACAUUUACAUGUGAUGCAAGUUCUCCAGUUGAGCUUAUAAUAAUGCAAGCACUCUGCUGGGUGCAUGAUGACUUGAAUGAUGUAGACAUUGGCAGUUAUAUCUUGAAAGUUUGUGGUCAAGAAGAAGUUUUGCAAAAUAAACAUAGUGUAGGAAGCCAUGAAUAUAUUCAGAACUGCCGGAAGUGGGACACAGAGAUUAAAUUACAGCUCCUGACCUGUAAUGUUAUAUGCAAAGAUCUGGCACGAACAGAAGAAGAUGAUAAGAUGCCAAUAGAGUUGACUAAACAUCUCUAUAAUGUGGAAAAGCUUUUCAGGGAGAGCAUUCAAAGUCAUUCUCUUGAAGAGUUGUUAGAAACUUAUCAUAAUGAAGUUGAUAUACUACUAAAAACAGAGCAUAAAGCAGUGGAUCCAGUCAUUAAAGCUGUCAAAAAAAUUUGUUACACAUUGGAUGAGGUAGAGACUCCUGCAAUUACAAUGUGUGUUAAAAAGCUAAGAAGAGCAGUUAAUCUUCCAAGGAAUAAGAGUCCCGAGGUAUCUUCUGAUGAUAUUAACAAGAACGUAGUGAGUUCAUUGCAACUGGAAAAUCCUUUGCAAGUGAGCAUAGAUCAGCUGACCUCAGCUAUCUAUGCUCUUCUUCAGCUCCACCUGAACAUAUGCAACAAGUCUUCCUUAAACACUCCAGAGAGUAAGAGAAGCACAAAAGAAGCAGGGACUGCAACAGAGCACCUCCAAUUCACAAUAUUUGCUGUCCAUGGAAUUCUUAGUAGCUGGGUCUCAGUUUAUGAAAAAUACUAUUUAGUUUGCUCUCUGACUCACAAUGGCAGAGAUCUGUUUAAACCUGUCCAGUCCAAGAAAGUUGGCACAUACAAGAAUUUCUUCUACUUGAUUAAAUGGGAUGAACUAAUAAUUUUCCCUAUCCAGAUCUCUCAGUUGCCAUUAGAAUCUAUUUUAUGCCUUACUCUCUUUGGAAUAUUAAAUCAAAAUAGUGGAAGUUCACCUGAUUCAAAUAAGCAGCGAAAAGGCCCAGAGAUGUUGGGUCAAGUUUCCUUACCUCUUUUUGAUUUUAGACGAAUGUUGACUUGUGGAACUAAACUUUUGCAUCUUUGGACACCUUCCACAAACAUUGUUUCUGGAGUGGGCCAUAAAAAGGGAAAUCUGAUGGAAAGAAUAGUGUUGCAGGUGGACUUCCCUACUUUGCCAUUUGAUAUUAUAUACAAAGCUCCUCAAGCUGCAGACAGUUCUACAUACAAUUCCAUGGAAACAUUGGAAAAGGAUUCAAGAGAGCGUCUUCUUUCCAUUCUUUCCAAAGAAGGUACACUUGGCCUAUCGAGGAAGGAUAAAGCAUUUUUGUGGGAGAAACGACAUUACUGCCAUAUAGUUGUAAAUAGCUUUCCAAAGGUAUUAGCCAGUGCCCCAAACUGGGAUUUGACCAAUCUCCCUGAAAUAUAUUCACUGCUUCAACAGUGGCCUCCCUUGCCUCCUCUGACUGCAUUAGAAUUAUUGAACUCCAAUUUUGCAGAUCAGGAAGUAAGAACAAAAGCAAUGGAGUGGAUUGAGGCAAUAAGUGAUGAUGAACUGGCUGAUAUUCUCCCCCAGUUUGUGCAGGCACUAAAAUAUGAAACCUAUCUGGACAACUCUCUAGUCAGAUUCCUUUUGGCCCGAGCAUUAGGAAAUAUUCGAAUAGCACACUAUUUAUAUUGGUUAUUAAAGGAUACCUUGCAUGAUGUCAAACAUGGUGUAAGGUAUGAGCAGGUCCUUGGUGCCUUCCUUUCAGUCUGUGGCAAACGACUGAGAGAAGAGUUGGAAAAGCAGACAAGAUUGGUUCAGAUCUUGGGAAUGGUUGCAGAAAAAGUGAAGCAAACAAAUGGAUCUGCCAGACAGAUUGUCUUGCAAAGUGGAAUGGAACGUGUUCAAUCCUUUUUCUUAAAAAAUAAAUGUCGUUUGCCUCUCAAUCCAAGCCUUGUAGCUAAAGAACUAAAUGUCAAGGCAUGUUCUUACUUCAGUUCUAAUGCAGUACCUCUUAAAGUGACUCUGGUGAAUGCAGAUCCCUUGGGAGAAGAAAUUAAUGUAAUGUUUAAGGUUGGAGAAGAUCUGCGUCAGGAUAUGUUGGCAUUGCAAAUGAUAAAAAUUAUGGAUAAGGUCUGGUUACAGGAAGGACUUGACCUGCGGAUGGUUAUCUUCAAGUGCCUUUCAACUGGCAAAGACAGAGGAAUGGUAGAGCUUGUUCCAGCUUCAGAUACACUUCGGAAAAUUCAAGUGGAAUAUGGAGUGACAGGGUCCUUUAAAGACAAGCCACUUGCAGAAUGGCUAAGAAAAUACAAUCCUACGGAAGAAGAAUAUGAAAAGGCUUCUGAAAACUUCAUCUAUUCAUGUGCAGGAUGUUGUGUAGCCACCUAUGUCCUUGGUAUCUGUGACCGCCACAAUGACAACAUAAUGCUUCGAAGUACAGGGCACAUGUUCCAUAUUGAUUUUGGAAAGUUUUUGGGCCAUGCACAGAUGUUUGGGAGCUUUAAGAGGGACCGGGCUCCUUUUGUGCUGACGUCGGAUAUGGCCUAUGUUAUCAAUGGUGGUGAAAAGCCUACUAUUCGCUUCCAGUUGUUUGUUGAUCUCUGCUGCCAGGCCUAUAACUUGAUAAGAAAACGAGCCAACCUUUUCCUCAAUCUGCUGUCACUGAUGCUUUCCUCUGGAUUACCAGAACUUAAUGGAAUUCAAGACUUGAAAUAUGUCCAAGAUGCUCUUCAGCCUCAAACCACAGAUGCUGAAGCUACAAUUUUCUUUACAAGGUUGAUUGAAUCCAGUUUGGGAAGUGUUGCUACAAAGUUCAAUUUUUUCAUCCACAAUCUUGCACAGCUGCGUUUUUCCGGCUUGCCGUCCAAUGAUGAGCCCAUCCUUUCUUUUUCUCCUAAAACAUACUCACUUAAACAAGAUGGUCGUAUCAGAGAAGCAUCUGUCUUUACAUACCAUAAGAGAUACAACCCAGAUAAAUAUUACAUCUAUGUUGUCAGAGUUCUAAGAGAAGGGCAAAAUGAGCCCUCUUUCAUUUUUCGGACAUUUGAUGAAUUCCAAGAACUCCACAACAAGCUUGGUAUUCUGUUUCCUCUUUGGAAAUUACCAGGCUUUCCCAAUAAGAUGGUUUUGGGAAGAACUCACAUAAAGGAUGUAGCAGCUAAGAGGAAAGUCGAGCUGAACAGUUACAUACAAAGUUUAAUGAAUGCAUCAACAGAUGUAUCAGAGUGUGAUCUUGUCUAUACUUUCUUCCAUCCUUUACUUCGUGAUGAAAAAGCUGAAGGAAUUGAUGGAAUAGCUAAGAGUACAGAUGUAAGCCCUUCAAGUCCAACCUCAGGCAAAGUUGGAGGAGAAGUGAAAUUGUCCAUCUCCUAUCGAAACAGCACUCUGUUUAUCAUGGUGAUGCACAUUAAAGAUCUGGUUACAGAUGAUGGUGCAGACCCAAAUCCAUAUGUGAAAACAUACCUGCUUCCAGAUGUACAUAAAACAUCUAAACGGAAGACCAAAAUAUCCCGAAAGACUAGAAAUCCAACUUUCAAUGAAAUGCUUGUGUACAGUGGCUAUAGCAAAGAGACUUUGAAGCAAAGGGAACUGCAGCUGAGUGUCCUCAGUGCUGAAUCGCUACGUGAGAACUUCUUCCUGGGUGGUAUCACUCUUCCCUUAAAGGAUUUUAACUUGAACAAGGAGACUGUCAACUGGUACCGGCUUGCUGCUGUACCAUAUUUGUGAACCCGACAGCUUGCAAAAGCAAAAAUGACAGAAUUCAGUGAUCUUGUGUUUGGUCACCUUUUCCUACUUGAAGAUAAGACAUACACUCUCGCAUAAAGCACUGAAGCUCGCAGAUUAUGGUUGGACCAGCCUUCGCAAGAUUUUAAAUAGGACUUCUGGCAUCCCAUCUCUGCUAAUGCUUCUAUCCAAGCAGUGAUGUAAAUGAAUUGUAUAAAUUGAAAACUUGUGGAUAAUCAUAUUCUAAACUAUGCCUAGAUGUUCCAAAUGAAAUCUGAAGGUUUUUUUUCAUAAAUUCAGUUCAGCCACAUUUGAAGUGCUUGAUUUGUUUUUCAACUCUGCUGUCAUGAGAAACAGCACCAUGUUGGGGAAAAUCAAGGUUUAAAAAGACUGUUAGAAGGGAGGACUGAGUAGACAGCUGGAGAAAAGUGCUUAUUGCAUUUAGCUCUAAGACCUCUUUGAAGCUGUUUCAGAAUGAGUGCCAAUACUGGACAUUAUAAAUAAUGGUGCCUUAUUUUUUCAUUCACCUGCUACUUAUACCUCGUAUCUGAUAUUUAAAAGCAUUUAUCACUGCUAACAAGCUUUUUUAGCCAAUCAUUUAAAAAAGAAUGUUUAUUCAGCUUCCUCUAUGUACUUCAAAAUGUUUCACCUUGGAUGCUUAUCUGGCUUACUUUGACUCUUCCUGUAUGUUCUUAAAUAAUAACUUCAUGGAUUGUAUAUAUUAUACAACAUUCAAGUGAUUUUUAUGUCAUGUUUGGCUACAGAGCACAUACUUUUCUAGAAAGUAGAUAUUGUGGAUUAUGAAUUAUUUGCUAGGGAUUUUGUGUUCAAUUUCCAGGUCACAUGCAACAGUCCCACACAAAUCACUAUGCCCAUUAAGCUGAACAGGGAUAACACAUUUACUUUGAAGAGUAGAUAGCUAUAGUGUCGGUUGAUGAUUGAGAAUAUGUUGCACUAUGGACAUUGGGGGGAGGGGAAGAGAUUGAGACACAGACAGCCUGAGCUAGAUUAAAGUUACAUAAUUCCAUGAGCACUAAGAUUAAUCCACCAAGCAUCCAAAUUUGCUUCAGUGGAAGCAAAUUGACUUGAACUUGCUAAAAUGGGUAGAAGUUGUCCUACACCAGCAAUUACUAGAUUAUACCUUAAAUCCACUGAUUUAACGUUCUGACAUUUUAUAUGUCUGGGACACUUGGGAAUAGCUGUCUAUAAAUGUAAUUUGCUAACUUCAAUAAAAAAUAAGAUGAUGUAGGAAGGGCAUUUAAAAAUUGCACAAAAUGUUUAAUGCUGAAUUCCAAAUAUUUUGAAUAAAGAUGUCAGGAAUACAGAGUUUUAGCUGCCCUUAAAAUAAUGCAAUAAUAGACAAGGAUGUGGUAGAUGAUGACAAUCGUUAUUGCAUAGCUAAAUUAAAAUGUCCUUCAAAGUAUAAGGAAUACCUUGCUGUCAAACACAGCACAACAAAGUGCAAGGGGAACAUUGACAUCACCUUCCUAAAAUGUUCAUGGUCCAACUGUAUAGUAAAACCUUGGAAUAUUUCUCAGUGUUAAAACUGUCUUGUGGCCAAUCGAAGCAAUUUCCUUAGCUAUAAUAUGUUCAGAAUCUAAGUGAUAGCCUAUAUAGCUAAAUAGAAUAAACUAAUAAGAUUGCAUUUUCUGCUGACUUGGUGCUUUUUAAAAUGCAUUCCAUUCCAUUAAGAGAACCACAAGUCAAUUUACACACAGAAGAGGCGGCUUCUGUUUUUGUCAAAUGUUCCAUUACCAGAAAGCAAUAUGUAGUGUUUUUGUUUUUUUGGUUGGUUACUAAAGCACAGUAUUGUUACAGCACAACACCUUCAGUGAUUUGCAGUUGCAGCUCUUGGCUAGAUGUUGGUUAGAGUACGCCCUGGACUUUAUGGCCGCAUUUGCCAGUCUCCUAG